UAAAAAUGAAACUAAUCAUAGCUAUUCUACUGUUUCUUCUAGCUGUUUUCUGAGCUGCUGAGCCACUAGAUUAUAGAACAAAAGGUGUUUUCAGCAGAGAUAAGACUAAUGGUAGGAAGGGUUCUGUGCGUGGAUUCGGUCUUCCAAAGAGCUUGAGAAAGACUAAUCCUAAGUCAACCAUUUCUAGCGAUGAUACACCAACUUUUAAGCAUAAGAGCAUCAGAAAAAUGAAGCAGAGAGGUAUUCAGAAGCCUCUGUAUCCGCUUCAUGAUGACUUUUACCUUAGUUCUAACCUCUAUGCUGAGAAUAUUGAAAGAAUUCAUGCUCAUGGGAAGAUACCAGAGAAAGGUACGAAUUUCAUCAAGAGCGAUGAUAAUAUCUAUACAACAAGAAAAGCAUUGAUCCUUACUAUUAUCAUCAUGAUUUGCAUCGUGUUUGUGUUCGUUAAAUGUGCUCAUAUCAAGAGCACUCUUGGAGAGUCAACGAGGGAGAUCAGAUACAGAUAUAAGAAGCUUAAAUUUGCCAAGGAAAAUGCAAGAAGGAAUCUUAGCGAACCUGAAGAAUCUGUCAAACUUUUAGACUCAGAAUCCAGAUCUUGUAAAACUACUAAGCUCCUUUAAA